AUGGCGUGUCGGGGGUUCUUGGAGUGCAUUCUGAAGCUGGUAAAUUUUCUUCUGACGGUGUCGGGCUUGGCAAUGGUGGGCUACGGGAUCUAUCUGUUUGUGGAGUGGAGGAGGGCUAUUUCUGGCGGCGGCGGUGAUCAGUCGCUGCCACCUGAGGCGAUGUCACCCCUCAGCUAUAACCCUGACAUACUGGAGCUCGGGCGGCCAAUGCUUCUUGUUAUAUCGCUGUCCGAAAGCAUUAUCGACUAUCUUCCCAGAGCUUGGUAUGCUCCUACCUGCCUUCUCUUUUAUUUCUCUCCGUUCUGUCUUGUUUGGAUCCCUUAACUGAGAAGGUUCCAUGACAAAUUGAGUUCUCCCUGGAAAGGUUUGUCAGUUUAGUGGGUACGUCCGCCGUUUGAUAUUGACGAACGCAUGACCUUGUUUUAAAGGUAGCAGCCUCAUAUUAUUCUUCGGAGUGAAGUGUAGGCAAGAAAUAACUGGUCUCAUGGGUGGUCAUUCCUAUUUGUGCCGAUUGAGCGAAUAGUUGUUUCAAGGGUUGUAGGACUGAAGUCGAUUAAUUUAUUUGUCUGCCGUGUAUCUAAUCACCGGAGUAAUGUUUUUUAUGCUAUGCAUAAACGCGGCCAUUGGCUAUUUUCUGCUUUCUUGUUCAGUUCUUUACUUUUACUUUUGAACUCCUAUUAUUACUGACUGGUGUCACAGUCAGCUGACCAAAUGCAAUGAAAUGCUGAUUUGGCGAUUGUAACCCAUAUGCCCUUGCUUUCCUUGCUCUAUGUAAUAGUUGAGAUAUUUUCAUUUUUCUGAUUUUUUAUCGUCAGGAAUUUAUCGUAACAAGUUCCUGUUUUAUAUGCUGAUGCUAUUGCCAUCACCUUGCUCAAACAACUUUGGUCUGACACCUUGAUUUUUUAUCCCUUUGGAUGCCCUAGUCAGCAUGAGACUAAAAGCUUGAACAUCAUUGUGCUCUCUAUCUGAAAUCAAUCUUAAAAAGGUUGUGUCUCCCAACCUGAAAUAUUCAGCUCUGUGGGUAUCUUUGCAUGAAGGGAAUUGGCAUUGUUUGGAAAACCAGUCGUUAAUUUCACCAGAUUUUGCAAAAAGUUCAAUUUUAUGAGGCUUUUCUAAAAUUCAAUUUCGGAUUGUCCAUGGUGAGUAAUUCUUGAAGUUUAGUUUUGGUACGAGAGAAAGUUUCACUUUGAAGGGAUGCGUUUCCUUUUGGGCUGGGGAAUGGUAUUCUUUGGAUAACCAGUGUUCUAGAUUAUCAGCAUUUGGAAAAAGCUUAAUUUCUUGAGGAUUUUUUUGAUACUCGAAUAUUUCAUUGUUUAGCUAAACGGUUCUUGCGGUUGUUUUGGUUCAAGUGUAAAAUUUUAACAUGGUGGGGGUGCAUUUCCUUGCAAUCGCGUGUACUUACUGUGUUAUUCUUACUGCUGGAUUAUCUUGGGCAGGUUCAUUUUCCUAUUUAUUGGGAUUGGAGUUGUUCUCUUUUUCAUAUCCUGUGUCGGAUGCAUUGGAGCAACUACAAGGAAUGGGUGCUGUCUGUCUUUUGUAUCCUGACAUCCUGCUUAUUUUCCUCUUUAUAACGUGCAUCUGUGUUUCAUGUGUACUGUUUGUGAGGGUUUUGUCUUUGCAAUAUUUGGAGGAGAUCUCUCCGUGGUGGACAUAUUUUCGACUCUUACGGGAGUCGAGUACAGGGUAGUAGAUGAAAAGAGUGUGGAGGAAAUUUAAAAUGGUUUUGUAUUUUAGGCAAUGUCAUGUUUAACUUUUUUUUUCAUAUUUCGACCCUCUGAAAACUGUAGAUUGUCUUGAAAGAGCAAAGACUUCUGCAGUGUGUAUUUGUCGCAAAACUCUUUGCAAUUAUGUACAUGAUGAAAUGUUUAGGAAACAUCGCCAAUUGAGUCUUGCUGUGUAGUUAGUUAUCUAUCCUUGAAUUAGUCGUCCAUAGAAUGCGCUCACAGGAUAAUUAUGGAUAGAUAAGCACGAUGGUUCUAGCUGCUUGGAGGUCUCCGCCUAUGUUCCUAGGUGUCUUACGUGGGCUCUGAGGGAGAUUCCUGUGGGCAACAUGAAAGUAAACGGAUAUCUAUACCAGGAGUAGGCAUCUAAUUAGAUGAUUCAUAUCUAAGUUCGAAUUGGCUAUUUCUUUUCCCUUUGGGCAGUCAGGGUCAGUUUUUGCUCUUUAACCACAUUUCUGGUGAUUGUUGCUGUUAGUAUUCUCCUUCUACCCUAUUACGUAUUCUUACUUUGAUUCUCAUAAACGCAGCAUAUUUGUUCUUUUCUCUAUUUUCUGAUAUUUUUACCCUGAAUAUUUUGUUGUUACUAUGUGACAAUCCUAAUGACUUCAGGAAUGACGUCACCGAUCAAUAAUGCCUCAUCUUUUUAGGUGCUUCUUUGUAUCCAUAUUUCCAAGAAAGGAUUGUACUGCAUUUCUAACCGCCCCAUCCCCAGUUAUUCUGUUCUCAUCCAGGAUGUCGAUCGUCAUUCUGGUAUUUAUAGGCACAAUACUUUUGUUAUGUUCCUGUCUUCCUCCAACGAAGUGAGAGGAAGAGGCCUAAUAGGGGAGUCAGAGAUCUAUUAAAGUCUACCCAUUGGAUGACAGACUAUCCAGUCUGCCUUAUUUCAUGGUAUGUUUCAUCCAGAUUUAAGUAAGUGGGGAACAUUAGUCGUAAUUGAUGGGUAAUAUCUCAGGGUUCUGGGGGUUUAGGCUGUGACUAAACCUUUGGCGCAAUUGUUAGACAGUACAUUUGUCGGAUCUGUGCUCAAUCCUGACUUGCUUCGUGAUAAGAAAACAAGUAUUUGAUAGGAACGUCUUCUCCGCCCAGUAAAAUGAUUGAGGGACGCUGUCAUCUAGACAUUGAUGGGGUAUUUAUGUCGACCGCUUCCCUUUCCAUUGGUUUCCUUAAUGAUCUGCCAGUACUCUUUCUUGUUGAUUUUAUUGAUCCUUGUGGAGCUGGGCUGCGCUGCCCUCAUGUUCUUCUAUCACGACUGGAAAGAUGUGAGUUGCUCGACAACAUCCGCUUACAUAUGUUCCUUCUGCCUGCGCCAUUAACAGAAAUGCUCUGUACAGCUGAUUCCAGAGGACAAAACAGGGGACUUCGCCAUGAUUUAUAACUUCUUGAAGGAGAACUGGAAAAUUGUAAAGUGGAUUGCUCUUGGUGUUGUCAUUCUUGAGGUAUGCAUAGCUCCUGUUGCUUCUACAUUUUCGUUCUCUGUUUCUAGAAAAAGAAAAGAAAAGAAAAGAAAAGUAAACGACUGAUGCUUUGGCCUGAAAAUUAGUCCUUUUGGUUUUUGAUUAUUCUGUUCAUUAUUUUUUCUGCUCAGAGUUUGGUAGUAUCCUGCUUAUGCUUCCAUCUUUCUACAUAUAUCCAUUCUCAGAAGUCCAUACUGUCUGCCCUUCUUGGAAAGAUUCUAUGAUCAGCUCACAUUUGCUAUCUGUAAUACAUUUUUUAUGGGCGCAGACGCUGGUUUUCAUACUCGGGCUUACAGUUAGAUCAGUGAACCUGCCGGCAGAUUACGACAGUGAAGAUGAGUACAUCGUCGCCCCAAGGUCAACCCUCAGGCAACCGCUGGUCAACCGGCAGGACAUCCCCGCCACCGGGGUGCCUGUUGCUGGAGGCCUCGAUCAGCGCGUCCCCAGCAGGAACGAUGCCUGGAGCAAGCGGAUGAGGGAAAAGGUACAGUAAUUAAUUUAUACAAUAAUUUCUUAUAUUUAUAUUGUAUAUAUGUUUAUCCCCAGUUGGAUAAUUUCUCAUUUUGGGUUGACUUUUUGUUCUACCGGUGAAUGCCAUGACUGGGUAGUAUGGGCUUGAUACCUCUGAGUUCACAUACAAUCCGUCGGACAGCAGCAGAUUCCAGCAGGCAGGGGCCCAGCAAAGGGAGGAGAGGCGGUGUUGCGUCAUCCUGUGA